UGGGCGCAGUGCUCGUGCAGCCUACAUGGAUGGCAGCCGGUGGGAUUAGGAAACCAGGAGGAAAGAGAGUAGCAGCAUGAAGCGUGUUUGCGUUUCCACACGUUACAGUUGCAAUGCAGUUGCGUGCCCACCCGAGGGGGGAAUCCUGCCGCGGGGGAGGGCGAUCGAGGGGCGUCGCCGUCCCGUGCAGAAGCCGCUUCUCUUCCCUCCCACGCAGUCUCUUAGUUCUCCCCCUUUCGACGGCACCUGGGAAGGGUGGGAGGCUGCCGACGCAAUGAUAAACGCGGCUCCUCCUUUUGGUUGCUGGAGGCGUAAGGAAGAAUUUUCCUGCGAUUGAGCGUUUGGGCCCCCUAACUAGCCUUUGUUGAACGUCAGGGGCCGUGGCUGAAGAAGUAGUGUUGAUCGAGGGUGCCCCUGAGCGCGUGCAGAGGGCCUUCCCCGCACAGCGCAGCCCACGCUUGGGUGCAUUAUCCCGGGAAGAUUCAGAUUGAGGAGACGGCGGGACGGAGGCUCCCCAAGCUUCGCUCAGCUGAGCAACCCAUUCACCUUUUUGGAAUGCAAAUAAUGACGGGCAGCAAAAGUGUCCGGAACUCAGCCAUCAUAAAGAGGCGACUUUGUGCAUUGGGUAUCCUUCUCUCUCCCCUCCCCCCCCUUCCUUUGCAAUUAGUUUACCCAGACGGGAUUGGAGGAAUGAGGUGAGAUUUCUGCAACUCCCGCGGUUAGGACGAAGAAGGAGGCGCGGGGGUGGGAGAGAGAAAGAAAAAACAACUUAGUGGUUCCACUGGGGCUCGAACCCAGGACCUUCUGCGUGUAAAGCAGACGUGAUAACCACUACACUAUGGAACCGCCACGACGGCUCCCUUUUCCGCCAAUCUCCUUCUUCGUGGGGUCUGCCGUUUCCUGCUCUGUCAUUGGCUUCGCCCAGCGCAAGCGGAGACGCGCCAGGAGGAAGAGGAGGGGCUGCGUUGCCGCGGCAAUGCAGAGAAGGGGGAAAAACAGGGUUUGCCUUAAGUUGCUUCCACAUAUGAAAUGUUUUUUUUUUUCCUUACGCCGCUGCCAAAAUAAAUCAAGGAAAGAAUUACGAUUGUUGCUCACGGUCCCAGGGAUGAUUGCUGUGAUUAUUGGAGAUAGAUUUUAAAAAAAGCCAGGGACGGGCGUGCAGGUCGACCGGUACUGGUAUCCGAAUAGUAAUGUUAUUUAGCAGAGCAAGGCUAACCGGGUCUACUCGGGAGUAAGUCCCCUGGGCGUUAAUGGGGCUUACUCCCAGGCAAACGGGAUUAGGGCUGCAGCCUUCAUCAUGUCUUCGGUAGUUCUGGUUUGAGACAAAAACAAAACUAAUUGCACUUUCCUUCCUCAUUGCAGCACGUUCAACGCAAGUAUGGUUUUUGGAGUCAUUUAGCAAAUUAGCCACUGCUUGCAUUUCACAAUUUGGAAAAAGAAGAAAAGGGCCAAGGGAAGAAAGCUUGUUUACAGCGCCUAGUAAACCUCUUUGCUGAUGCAAUGGAAGACUUAAGGGCCAAUGGCAGGCGUUAUUUUCUCCGGGAAUCAUUGUUUACUGUUGCAUAUUGAGAUGAAUAUAAAGACGGUAUGGUUGGCAACGCCGAUGGCUUGAAGAAAACCAUCGCCCAUGAGGAAAUAUUAAAUCAGCACCCCAGUCUCAACUGAAGUCAUGGGAUGUGGCACUUCUAUUACGACGAGGCGGGUGAACAAAUCAGAAAGAGCCAUUAAAGCAGCUGUCCUCAUUCAAAGGUGGUAUCGCUCUUACAUGGCCCGGCUGGAGAUGAGGCGGAGAUAUGCCCUGAGUAUCUUUCAGUCAAUUGAAUAUGCAGAAGAACAAGCACAGCUACAGCUAUCCAAGUUUUUCACAUUCAUGCUGGACCAUUUUACUAAGGCCAAUGAAACUGAUCCAGACGUCAGCUCUAACUUUUUCUCCACCACCAGUGAUUAUACCAUGAGAGAAUAUGAACAGACCAUUGAGGUCCCUGCCUCCUACUACGGGCCCCACCUUUCUUUCCCCCUCACUGUUGCUGACACUGAUGUUCUUCUUCAGGCUUUCAAGCACCGACAGCACCUUCAUGCCCGAUACGUUCUUCAGCUGCUACAUGAGACCAGGAAGGUCCUUCAGCAGAUGCCAAACAUCACAUACCUGUCCACCUCUUAUACCAAGGAAAUAACCAUCUGUGGCGAUCUUCAUGGAAAGCUGGAUGACCUUUUGCUGAUUUUCUACAAAAAUGGACUUCCUUCAGAGGAAAACCCCUACAUUUUUAAUGGGGAUUUUGUGGACAGAGGGAAAAAUUCCAUAGAAAUACUCAUAAUCCUGUUUGCCUUUCUACUCGUCUACCCUAACCACUUGCACUUGAACCGAGGGAACCAUGAGGACCAUAUCAUGAAUCUUAGAUAUGGUUUCACAAAAGAAGUUAUGAAGAAGUACCAGUGCUAUGGAACAGCAAUUUUACAUCUUCUGGAAGAUGUCUAUAGCUGGCUUCCUCUUGCAACUAUAAUUGACAGCAAGGUUCUUAUUUUACAUGGAGGGAUAUCGGACACUACUGAUUUGAAUUUCCUUAAUUUAUUUCAGAGAAACAAGCUGAAGUCUGUGCUGAGGCCAGUGAAGUCAAAUGCAGAGACAGUCUCUAAGCCACGUGGAGCUAGUCUUGUAGAAACCGGUUCCCACCGGACGGAGGCCACAAAGUCCCUUUCCGGGCAGGACAACUCUCUCAAAGAGGCCACGAGAUCCACAUCAGCACCUAGCAAGAGAAGGCGAUACAGUAGGGAUGUGUCUGAUGGCAAAGAGCCUCUUGGCAACCUUCCUGGCAGAGGCAGUUCUAGUCUCCUUCCGGAGGUGCAAUACCUUAAGCCUGGCAGUGUUACCACAUCGCAGACAUCCUCAGAAUUAACAACAAAGGAGUGGAAGCAAGUGGUGGAUAUUCUCUGGAGUGAUCCGAAACAUCAGAAUGGAUGCACACCAAACAAAUUUCGAGGAGGAGGUUGUUACUUCGGACCAGAUGUUACUGCCAGGUUGCUAAGACGUUAUAAUUUGAAAAUGCUCAUCCGGUCUCACGAAUGCAAACAGGAUGGGUAUGAGAUCAGUCAUAAUGGAAAGGUUAUCACUAUUUUUUCUGCUUCAAACUACUAUGCAGAGGGAAGUAAUCGCGGUGCUUACAUCAAACUAAACCCAGAUCUGAUCCCUCGUUUUGUUCAGUAUCAAGUCAGCAAAUCGACACGCAAAGAGACUCUUCAUCAGAGGGUGACUGCAAUUGAGCUGUCUGCUUUGAAGUGCUUGCGAGAGAAACUUUACACACACAAAUCGGAACUGAUUGCUGCUUUUAGACAGUACGAUCCAAAUUAUACAGGAAAGAUUUCUCCUGGUGAGUGGGCUUCAGCAGUGGAGUCUGUCUUAUGUCUCGAUCUUCCCUGGAGAACAUUACGUUCACGGCUGGUUUACCUGGACCAGGAUGGUAGAGUUGAAUACCUUUCAUCUUUUGACAAUUUUGAAAUCCAGCUACCCAUCAAAGAGGUCCAGCCAUUUUUGGUGGAAACCCUGUGUAGAUACAAAGCUGAUUUGGAGAUUAUCUUUAAUAUGAUUGACAAAGAUCAUUCAGGUCUUAUCUCUGUUGAUGAGUUCCGUCAGACAUGGAAGCUCUUCAACUUGCAUCUGAGAAUCAAUGUGGAUGAUGAAUCCAUUGACAGCUUAGCCCGAAGCAUUGAUUUCAACAAAGAUGGUAGCAUUGACUUCAAUGAAUUUCUGGAAGCUUUUAAUGUGGUCCAUAAAUUUGAGAAUAGGUACAAUCACUAAAGAAGCUGAAUUCCUGACAAGCCCCUUCCCCCCGCACUGCACAUUUGCUUAAAAUAAAUUGCUGCCUUAAUACUGUUAAGUUUGAUUGAGCAGCAUUCCUAGAAAACAGACUGGCUGUGGAAGGCACUACUUUAUGAUAUGUAAGUGUAGCUAUUUGGCAGAAUGCUGCUAAUGAGAUGUAUAGGUAAAUGGAAAAAAUAUGGUUAAAACACAUAUAAGCUACGCUGUCCACAAUAACUGCUGUAGUGCCAUAUUAAUAAUCUCAGGGUUACUCUAAUAAUGGUUCCUUUAGAUGGCUUUUUCAUAUGCAGUGUUUUCUUUCUUGUGAAACAUACAGUUGUGUCAGACAA